GGGUCUUGGGUGUUUUGUGUAACAGUAAUUGCAUCAGCCUUUUAUAGCAUCAUCUGUAGGACAAUAGGUUUCUAGGAUAUAGGCUUUAAUAAACACCAGAGCAAACAGCUCCACUCAGUCUGAGAGGAAAACAGACACAGAGGAAGACAGAUGGAGGAAAACAGUUUACAGAAAAAUCAGCUCUUGGCAGAUGAAGACAGGACGUUGGAAAAUUAUGGAACUAGUUUAUUUCACCAGCUUAUGGCAUCGAAGAAGAAGACAAAAGCAGAAGAUGUGAAGAUCCUGCUCCAGCGGCUGAUAGUGAUCACUCGGCUCCCCCGUGAUCUCGUUGACAGGACAGAGCUGGGAGCUCAUUAUGAAAAACUAAACUUUCAGCUGAGCAGGAAGUAUAUAUGGGACAACAUGACAGGCCUGCUUUUAAUUUACCCAUCCUGCCUGCUUCAUGUCAUUGAGUCGUCCAGGGAGCUUAUUGUUUCUGUUUUGAGAGACCUUAAUGACUUGCAACAACAGUCAGACUGUCCAAUGGUGGAGGCUUCUAAGAUUCUGUUUAUGGCACAUGAUCCUCCCAACAGGCUGUUUCAACAGUGGAGUUACAAGGUGCUGAAUGAAGUUAAAGAUGAUCAUGGGUUGAAGGCCAAGCAACCUGAGGAAGAGGAGGAGGAGCCCACAGAGUCUCUAGUUUACACUGUCCUGUCAGGUCUGAAGAAUCUGAGUGAGCAUAUGGAAGUAUCAAAGAAGGCUCUUCCUGAGUCAGUGCUGGAUGAAAGUCCAGAGCCAAUCAUCUCUCAGGACAUUCUGGCCAAGCUGCUGAUUCAAGAAGAGCUCCAGACACUGCAGCAAUAUCUGAAAUUAUACGACUCACCUUUACACAUCAGCAUGGACUUUGGGCAAAUGAAACGAAGUAGCUGCCUCACCUCUGUCUAGUUGUUCAGCAUUUAUGAAAUGUGUUCGUCCCUCACCGAAGCACCUUGGAUGUGACAGUGUACAUGAGCAGAAAGAAAUCAGUGUGAACCAGCCUGACUUUUUUACUCCUACACCCAAAAAUGGGUAGCACUGCAUUUUGUUU